GGUACCUCCAGAGCGAAGCGCAACUCCAAGAAUACGGCCCUCAACCAUGGCAAGUGAUCCUUCUCAGCCGCCCGUUUCGAGCGAGACGCUCCUUCGUAUCGGUCCCAUCCUUAUCGGCGCCCUGCUCUCAUGGAUGCUCUUCGGCAUUUCGAUCGUUCAGCUCUAUAUCUACCAUGUGUCAUUCCCCCGCGAGCGCUGGGCCAUCUGGGCGUCAGUGUACAUCAUCUUUGCGCUCGAUAUCUUCCAGAGCAUUGUCGUCGCCAACGAGGCGUGGGAGACGCUCUGCUCGGGCUGGGGGCGUCCUAUCAACCUCCAGUUUCCGGGGUGGACAUUCACCGCCUUGCCCAUCGUGUCCAGCAUCAUCUCCGUUUGGGUACAGGCAUUCUACGCCUGGAGGAUACACCAGCUCGGCAAGUGGAGAGUAGUUCCCGUCAUUAUCAUUAUUACUUCGCUUGCACAAGCGGGUGGGGCGUGUGCCAUUGCGAUCUCGUUCAUCUGGCUCAAGAAUAUCGAGCGCCUGCAUGACACGAACAUGUUCGCUCGGACAAUCGUGUGGCUGGGCGGCAGUGCCUUCACCGAUGUGACCAUCAUGACGUCCAUGUGCUACCUACUUUACAGAGUGAAGAGGCAGUCGAUGGCGUUUGAGCGGAGCGAGUUUGUCGUCAGACGUCUUAUCAAACUGACGGUGGAGACCGGCUGUGCCUGCGCUCUUUCGGCAGUCCUGGAGCUUGCCUUCUUCCUCGGCAUGCCUGAGACCAACAUACAUUUGAUUGUCGCGCUGAUCCUGAGCAAAGUUUACUCAAACACGCUGAUGACGUCGCUCAAUUCCCGUGCCAACAUCUCUGGAAACAAGAGUCAGUACAGCACAUCGACGACGAUGGGUUUCAGGAAUGUAGGCACGUUUGCCGACGCAGACGAUACGUCUCGAGGUGUUGCUAUCAGCAUUUCACGCGUUACGGACUCCGGAACGGCUGCGUCAGGUACUGCCACCGACGAUAAGUUCUCAAGGAGUUGGGACGUUGAGAUGAACGAUGUACCCCCACCCUCCAAGGACGAUCGAUUGGCCCCCUCCCUCGGUGACACCACCUGGCAUAAAGGGCUCUAGGUAUCGACGGAGGACUUGCUCAUCUAGCAAGCAUCGCUCGUUGGUGAGGUGGUUACUUCCUUGGGCAUCAGUAAUAUUUAUCUUUGGCUCUGAUCGGUCAUCUACGGAUCUGUUCAGCUGUAGUAUGUAGGAUAAGCUUUGUUG